GUGAUGAACUUUUUGGACGUUUUGGGCUCGACGCUGGAGUCGUCCUUUGGAUACGUGCGGAACUUCAUUGUCUGCGCUUGGGAGACCUUCUGCGACCUGCUCGUGCCCUCAGGAGGAGGCACGCGGCGGGGCGUCGUGAGGCGUCUGCUGGCACGGCUGCUCGCCACCAGCCUCGAGUACCAGGCGUGCGCUUCCUUGUGGCUGAGCCGAGAAGAUGUUCGCUUCCUGGCUGAG